AUGAUUGCUCCUUCCUUGUUUAUAAAUUGUGGUGGUGAGGGAUUAAAUGUUGGUGACAAGUAUUAUGAAGCAGAUAACUCAACUUCACUCUAUUAUAUUAGUCCUUCCAAAACCUGGGGUUAUAGCCUUUCUGGAGACUUCUUAUCACCGGAUUCAAAUUCUAGUAAUUUCAUACAGACCCAGUCAUAUGGAAUUCAUGUUGCUGAGUCAGAGUUAUAUUUAAAUGCUCGGAUUGCCCCCGUCUUCCUAAGUUAUUAUGCUUUCUGCUUACAGAAAGGCAAAUAUAACGUGGCCCUUCACUUUGCUGAAAUAGUAUUCAGGGAGAAGGAAUCAUACAGUAUACUAAAGAGACGGGUAUUUGACGUUUAUAUCCAGGAUGAGAGAAAGCUAAUGAAUUUCGACAUCGCAAAAGAGGCAAGGUAUUUCAUAGCUGAUGUUAAUGAUAGUGUAUUGAAGAUCUCCUUCUACUGGGCUGGAAAGGGAAGUACAGACUACCCGCCUACUCUGAAUGGACCUCUUAUUUCUGCUAUUUCCAUAACUCCAGGUCCCCAACGCUCUGCAUUGUGGCGAAAAUUGAAGAAAGCAUUGAUUAUUACUCUACCUUCAAGUGUAGUUGUUCUAUUGCUUCUAUUAGCUUUCAUGUGGAAAAUGGGCUGGCUGGGGAAAAGAGAGUUGAGAGAUAUACAGAUAGGCCAAGGUAAACAUGUUACCCUUCAAGAAUUAAUAGGUGCAACUCGAAAGUUUAGCCGCAAAAUGGAGAUCGGUAGAGGGCAUUUUGGAAGGGUUUAUAAGGCUGAACUGGAAGGUGGUCAAACUACUGUAGCUGUUAAAAGACUUUCUACUCACUCAAAAGAAAAAGUUGAGGAAUUAUUAAAUGAAUUUUAUGCCUUGAAGUCAUUGAGGCAUGAGAACCUUGUUCAAUUGUUGGAUGCUUAUUUUGGAGAAGGGUUGCAUUUGCUCAUCUAUGAAUAUAUGCCAAACCUGUCCAUUGCAGACGCAUUUUUUGGCUCGAAGUCCAGAUUGAAGUUUAGUUGGGAAAAUAGAUUUAACAUUUGCCUGGGAAUAGCGAGGGGUUUAGCUCAUCUUCAUGAUCACCCUAGACUCAAGAUGGUUCAUAGGGAUAUCAAAGCUGAAAAUAUCCUCCUUGAUGGAGCUCUUAAUGCUAAGAUCUCAGACUUUGGAAUGGCAAGCCUGUAUACCGAGGAAGAACAACUUAUGAUCAUCAAAGUGGAAGCACCAAACGGACAUAUGGCACCUGAGUAUGUAGUUCAAGGUUUUGUAACAAGCAAAGUUGAUGUUUACAGUUUUGGGGUGGUUAUACUCGAAAUUGUUAGUGGGAAGAAAAAUGCAGGAUACAAAUUUAACCAUGAGAGUGAGUAUCUCUUGGACAUGGCUUAUGUUGCAUAUAAAAAUGGAAGCCUCGUGGACUUGGUGGAUAAAAAUUUGUCCGGUAUUUAUGAUGCAAAACAAGCCAUCACCAUCUUAACCUUGGCCGUGAUGUGCACGAAUAUAUCUCCUACUUUAAGGCCAAGAAUGGCAGACGUUGUGAGUAUUCUUGUUGGUGAGAAAACCUUUGAGCAGAUUAAUCCCCCUAAAGCGGAUGAUCAUCAGCUUAAUGUUGCCAUGGCUCAUGGUGAAUGUACCAAAGCUGAUUCUUCUACUUCCACAGACGUGACCGCAACUGCAAGGGCAUCAACUUCAACUAAAUUAAUCAAGGGGAUAGAUGAAACAGAAACUCAUUAUGCAGAACCCGAUCUUGAAAUAUUGAAAGAGAGUCAGAACUCACAUUAG